AUGUCCUCUGAAGAGCUGUACUGGGACUAUCGUGGAUUAAUACUCCCCAAGAUGAUUCAUAACGCAGAGAGUAUGGAGUUUGCGCAGGAAUUCAAGUUUAAAGACGAUGAUGUCAUGGCUGUCACGUACCCGAAGUCAGGUACAGUCUGGAUGCAGGAGAUCCUGCGACUGGUGCUUAAUGGUGGUGACCUGAAGCCAAUCCAAACCAUUCCAAACUUCGACAGGGUGCCUUGGCUGGAGGGGGAGAGAUUGUCCUUUGUUGUGGAUCAAUUGAAAUCUCCGCGAGCACUAGUCACUCAUUUACCUUAUCACCUCAUGCCUGCAUCCUUUCACACCUCCAAAGCCAAGGUGAUCUAUGUUGUCAGGGACCCAAAGGAUGUCCUGGUGUCUUCAUACUACUUCCACCAGAUGGCAGCACUCCUCGAGGAUCCAGGAACUUUUGAUGAGUUCUUGGAGAAAUUCCUGGAUGGCAGAGUGGCGUAUGGAAAAUGGACAGACCAUGUGAAGAGCUGGAGACACACAGAGCUGACAGACAGAAUCAUGUACAUCUCAUAUGAAGAAAUGGUUCAGGACCUACCUGCGUCUCUCAGGCGUUUAUCUGGUUUCCUUGGCACUAACCUGAGUGAAGACACCAUUCAGAAGGUCGCAGAGCAUUGCACCUUCAAGGCCAUUAAGACCAACGACAUGGCCAACUUCAGCCUGCUACCAAAGGAAUACAUGGACACUGACAAAUCUCCAUUCUUCAGGAAAGGUAUUGCUGGAGACUGGAAAAAUCAUUUCAGCCCAGAGCAGCUGGCCCGGUUCACAUCACUCAUUUGCAAAGAGAUGGAGGGUGAGAGCUUCUCUCUGCCGUGGAGUCUGGACUGA